AUAUUGUCAAAUUGAAAAUUUCCUCCUUUUUGUCAUUUCAACAAGAAAUUUAAAUCGUACAUUCGGUCUUCUUCUUCUUCUACAGCUAGGUUACGUUGCAAUCUUGGAAUUCGGGCGUCAUACGACCUUCGGGUGAAUCAUAAAAUUAUUUGCAACGAACGUUGGAAGUUGUGAGAAGCGUGCACGAGUUUGUUCCGUUUGACCACUAAUUCGUGCUACUUGCAGCACUUUUUGUUUAUAAGUAUAUAUUUUGAUUAUCGUAUGUCCAUCCAGAAUCUUAACACAUUUGACCCCUUUGCUGAUGCAAGUAAGGGUGCAGACGAUGAUGUUCAAGACGGACUCGUUCAUAUAAGAAUUCAACAACGUAAUGGUCGCAAGACUCUAACUACAGUGCAAGGACUAUCCUCAGAAUAUGACCUGAAAAAAAUUGUUCGAGCAUGUAAAAAGGAAUUCGCUUGCAAUGGAACUGUGAUAGAGCAUCCAGAGUACGGAGAAGUUCUCCAGUUGCAAGGAGACCAACGCGAGAACAUUUGCCAGUGGCUAACAAAAGCCGGGCUAGCCAAACCAGACCAACUCAAAGUACACGGUUUCUAAUGCAUCUGCGCCAUAGCCAUUCGCAAUUACCAUCACCAUUUUAGUUGCAAUUUCAUAUUAAUACAAGCCACCAAUCAACCAACCUCGAAAUCUUAGUUAAAAUAGUUCAUAAUGUUCAAAAUAACGCCCAGUUAAUAUGUAUCUGGGAGCUAUCGAUGUUUUUAGAGAGUCCCAACAUACAUACAAUUCCUAACUCAAUUUUAAAUCGGAGCUGAUCACUCCCGACAUUUUUUUUUAUCGUUUUCAAUUUUUUAACCGAAAAAAUUUUACAUCGUGAGCCGCGUGUAACUGAUUAAAAUUGCUCGUUGAGUCUGUAAGCAGCAAUUUUUGUAAUAAGAUUCUGUAUAAUUGUGCCUUUCCAUGAAUACAUUAGUUUUCAGAAUAUGUUCUUUUAAUUUUUCAAGUUGACUGUAUUUAGUUUGUAAUGAAAUUCAAUAGUUAAUAAAUGUCCGGUCUAAA